AUGAUGGCCAGUAGUGGGAUAUCACGUGCUACGUUUGGCAGGACUUUGAGUCUAUCAGAUGCAGCGUUCGGUCGUGCCGAACCAGUGAUACCACAAAACUUACCAUUACACGCACACCAACAAAAACGUAACAACCUUCCUUUACUUGAUCCGUCACGGCAUCAACUGACCCACAAGUGGGGUGUGUUGUGUCGACGGCCCUCGGUCGGGGGAAGCUUUUUUCAAGGGAGAAUCCCCUAUGAUCUGAAGGAGGCAAUUGAGGCAUCAUAUUUGAGGACCCCAGAUGGUAAAGCAUUGCUUACUGGAAUGAGGGACAAGUACCAGAGUUCGUCUGCGUAUCAGCAGACAUUCACGUCACAUCGCACUAACCAGAAGCCAACACACACGCGCUUGUUGCCUGCAGUCUUCGGAGAUAAAUCACAAAAAACAACAGUUGACACAGUAAGAAACGAUAGCAGUGAUGGACGCACCGACCGCCUUCUUGCUUUGGAUGUGCCGCACUUCCCGACAUCUUGCUUCGUUGAUGACCAAAUCAACUACCACCGUAUCCGCUUGAACUCACCCUUCGCCCUGGGGCUGUAUUAA